UUCGGAAAUGGCAUAUUCGGGAAAGAUAGUGUACAUUUGAAGGGUCUCAGGGUGGAAGUGACAGGAAAAUCAGGAAAACUUUUACUUGCUUCUGUAGAUGAGUUCAAGACUUCAAAGGUACAACAAGAUUUACCAAAACUGACCUGUCAUGCAUGUCUUCAAACAUGCUUGACUGAUGCUUACAUUGGGUUACACAGUAUUCAAGCUUGCCAAAGUUGCGGAAUAAUGUGGCAACGCGACGUUAACGUGUCGAAAAAUAUAUUCAAGAUCUCAAGACAAGUGAUUGGUGGUCAUAGGCGUCCACGAAAGUUCACGAGAGAAUAAUAGGUCUUGUUCUUUUUUUAUAUCGCCGUCUCG